AUGGGCAUUAGUUCAGACUCUGCAUCUCUCCUUAUCAGUGCUGUCACAACGUUUUUAAUGCUUCCAAGCAUAGGUGUUGCAAUGAGAAUGAUGGAUAUCGCAGGCAGAAGGUGGCUGCUGCUGACCACAUUACCUGUCUUACUAGCAUCACUCAUUAUCCUAGUCCUUGGCAAUGUUAUUGAAAUGGGAACUGUCAUUCAUGCCAUUAUCUCAACCAUUAGUGUUGUGGUCUACUUCUGCUGCUUUGUCAUGGGCUUUGGGCCAAUCCCAAACAUCCUCUGCUCAGAGAUCUUUCCUACCCGUGUUCGUGGCCUCUGCAUUGCUAUAUGUGCUCUCACAUUUUGGAUUGGAGAUAUCAUUGUCACUUAUUCGCUCCCUGUGAUGCUCAAUUCCAUUGGCCUUGCUGGUGUUUUUGGCAUCUAUGCUGUUGUGUGCUCCAUAGCAUGGAUUUUCGUCUUUUUAAAGGUUCCAGAAACGAAAGGCAUGCCUCUUGAAGUCAUUACAGAGUUCUUCGCUGUUGGCGCAAAGCAGGCUGCUGCAGCUGCCAAGACUAACUGA